UCGCUCCUUCGCCUCGCCGCCUUGCGAGGGGGGCGCGCUCGCCAAACAAAGGCAGGCAGGGCGCGCGGGCACCGGGGGGGUGGGGACCCGGCGGAGACCCCCACCAGGGAGCCCGCGGACGAAGCCAGCCCGGAGGAGAGCGCGGCGGGUCCGGCGGGUGGGCGAGCGGCGCUCUGGGUGGUGAGCCGGCAGCCGCCUGGCCCUCGGCGCGCCACCAUGGCCAUCGCCCACAUCGCCACCGAGUACGUCUUCUCGGACUUCUUGCUGAAGGAGCCGUCGGAGAGCAAGUACAAGGGGCUGCGGCUGGAGCUGGCCGUCGACAAGCUGGUCACCUGCAUCGCCGUCGGGCUGCCCCUGCUGCUCAUCUCGCUGGCCUUCGCGCAGGAGAUCUCCAUAGGUACCCAGAUGAGCUGCUUUUCUCCAAGUACAUUUUCCUGGCGCCAGGCUGCUUACGUGGACUCCUACUGCUGGGCGGCUGUGCAGCAAAAACAGCUUUCACAGAGCGACUCGGGGCACCUUCCACUCUGGCUUCAUAAAUUUUUCCCAUACAUCCUCCUGCUGGUUGCAAUCCUACUGUACCUGCCAUGUCUCUUCUGGCGCUUCACCUCAGCCCCCCACCUUUGCUCAGACCUGAAAUUUAUUAUGGAAGAACUCGACAAAUCCUAUAACAGGGCAAUCAAAGCCGCAAACAGCUGCCGCAAUGGGGAUGUGAGGGGCUCAUCUCCGGCCAUUAAUGAGAAUAUGGCUCAGAGUUUCUGGGAAAUAUCCGAAAGCCACUUCAAAUACCCCAUUGUGGAACAGUACCUGAAGACGAAGAAGGGCUCCAAGAGCUUAAUAAUCAAGUACAUUAUUUGCCGUUUGCUGACCCUGAUGAUCAUUCUGCUCUCCUGCCUCUACUUGGGAUAUUACAUCAGCCUCUCCUCAAUGACCGAUGAGUUUAUCUGCAACAUCAAAACCGGGAUAUUGAAGAACGACACCACUGUUCCCGAACGCUUCCAGUGCAAACUGAUUGCCGUCGGUGUCUUCCAGCUCCUCAGCUAUAUCAACAUCAUAGUGUACCUCUUGCUCAUGCCCAUUGUGGUCUAUGCGCUGCUGGUCCCUUUCAGGCAGCGCUCAGACAUUCUGCAAGUGUACGAGCUCCUGCCGACGUUUGACGUCCUCAAAGUCAAAACCAAACACUACAACGACUUGAGCCUCUACCUCCUCUUCCUCGAGGAGAACGUCAGCGAGCUUAAAUCUUACAAGUGCCUCAAAGUUCUGGAGAACCUGAAAGGCAGCGGCGAGAAGUUCGACCCUAUGCAACUCCUGAUGAAUCUCGGCUCGAUUAAAACGGACGUUGCAGACGGCAGGUCAGCCACCAUCAAAGAGGACUCUGGAAAGAAAGCAGAGCCGGAAAAGGCAAACAGUGCGCUAGAACUGAAGGAUGCAACAGAACAGACGUCACCUGGCAACGGAGCAGAAGCAGGUAAAGAAGACGCCAAACUUCGCCAGAGGCUUCUUGAUUCUUCGUGCUGAUGGGCCCAUGUAGCAAUUUGUGGAUUGGGACUGUUCUUUCCAGUUACUCCAGCGUAAGCCAUAUGGAACACUGGGUGCUCGCCUCAUUGUUGAGUGUGUAAGGGGGCUGGGCCUAAGGGCAAACCAUAGUUUACAAGCUUUUUAUAUGCCUAUGUUUACAUGCCUGCCCAGCCCCUAUGUCUUAUGGCCUACUGUUAUGCCAAUUCUGUGGGAUAGAAACGAUGGAAGAAAGUCCACAUUGUAAGUAGGACACAGAGAGAAAUAUCCUGGAUGACCUGAAGGAAAAAGGAGUUAGCUUUUCUCACCAAUGGAACACUUGGGGCCUAGUUGUACACAGGUGUGGAUAUCACAGCAUAAGCCUAACUAUGUCUACUCUGAAGUAAAUCCUAUUGAAUUUAUUGCAACUUACUCCUAGGUAAGGAUUGCAGCCUUAAUCACUCUACACUUGAGCCUGGUUCGCAUGUGUGCAUGUACGCACUUGUUUCCCGUUCGAUUAAUGACCAUGCACUUAAAACCAAGGUAACCAACAACUUGAGCUCUGAAAUUAGGAAUAUUUCAUGGACUUGGAUCAACGCACACGGCACGAAGAGGUGGACUGAACUGUAGGGAUAAGACUACAGAGGGGGAAACGCUGUUUUUUUUCAUGAUCUUUCCAAACAUGGAGAAAUCAUGUCCUCUUUCAGUUGUUUGUCGAAACAAAUAUGCACCUGCUAAAUAUAUACAUAUUAAUCUGCUGUGGUGUCAGAACAGCCACUGUGAUUGCACAGAGGGAUGCAAUGAGAAUAUACAUAAUAAUUCAGGUAACGUGGAUAAACGGUGCUCCUUGUGUUCUUGUUAUUUCAGUCGUGAUGCACAUGCAAGAGAUCCUUGUGCCCCUUAGGAUUUUCCUGCAAUCUUCUGUGUGGAAAAUGCUUAGGACUUUCCGUGGUCAGCUGCUACUGUGCUUCCGGGGAAGGUGUCCUACGGUCACCCCUCCCCCUUAGAAAAAACGGUGAGGACAGCCCUAAAAACUGAAUUAGGCCUGUUGCUUUUGGAAGCUGACUGACUGCGAAACUGGGCUUUCUUUGCAGCCGGGGUUCCUCCUUGCACAGAGGAACUCCUUAUGCGCACAAGUGUAGAUCUCUUUCCCAUUAUAUCCAAAGGCGUGGAUGUAGCAGGCGGCAGCAGCCAGGGUGCAGUCGUGGCAUGGCAGAAGCAACAGCAGUGGGUGGCUUUUAGGGACCGCAGUCCUCUCAGGUGCUCUUCAAACUGCAAGCAGAAAAACCUCUUUUAAGAACAAGGGUGCUUGUUUUGAAAAACACCAUUUCAGCGCUGUCCACAUUGAUGCAGUGUUUUCUUCUAUUGCUACUUGUGUUACGCCGGCAUCUGUGGAGAACCUUUGUGCCCCCGGAUGUCCCUGAGCUACAAGUCCCCUCUUCAUGGGCCAUGCUGCUGGGGCAGAUGGGAGUUGUAGUUUAACAAAGGGCCAGAGGUACCUGUAUUAAGGGAGAUUUGACAAAGAUCUACGAUAGGGCUAAAACCAGCCUUAACCUUACCAACCGUUGCCUUCAGCAUUCAGUGUCAAUGGUCUUUUUAAUAGUGACAAAACGCAGCUAACUGUGUGAUUGAUUAUUCACGGCUUAAAGGGAGGUUUUGUCAUGUGCAGCCCGGACACUGAGGUCCAGCUCUGAGGGCCUUCUGGCAGGAAGUGAGGUUACAGGGAACCAGGCAGAGGGCCUUCUCGGUAGUGGCGCCC